UCAGGUGUCGCGCUUCUAUCACGCUACCGGCGACGCCCGCCCGGCUGUUUUCUUUUUUUUCCCCACGUUCACGUCGAACCGGGCAUCGAAACCCUUUUAUUUAUUUAUCUUUUUUUCACUCGUGGAUGAAAUGUAUAGGAGUGGAUGACGUCGCGCGUGCACUCAUGCGUGUUUGUGUGUGUGUGUGUGUGUGUGUGUGGGCGUGGAGGAAAAUGUCAACGUGCAGCGCGAGAGGAGGGGAAGAAGCCCGGAGCUGAGUCCAGUCUGUAGCUAGAGGAUAAUAUUAACAGUGGAAAUACAACUUCGGCUGUUGUGUUAACUGGGGAGGGAUGAAGUUGUAACAUAGUCGCUGUUUGCAGUCAGCUUAGCUCUGCAUCUUUUGAGCGCUUGAGGUGAGUUUCAAACGUCUCUCCACACACCGAAGCCCAGCCUCCCUUCCUGGAUGUGAAGCGAUUUAGGCAGCGACGUUUCAACAUCAGACCACUUGUGACCAUCGGACCUCCAUUUCAGAAACUCUCAGCAUCCUCCAGCAACGAUGUAGGCUUGACAGCCACAUGAUGAUGAUGAUGCUGCUGCAGGGUCUCGCAGGGAGGAGGAGCAGCGACUGACUCUCUCCUCCGUUUUCGUCCACACCUGGCACUCUAUGUCCGUCCUGAUUGGGCGGCCGGAGUGCUAUGUCAUCAACCACACCCACUGCGGCCCCACCCCUUAAGAAGGGAAGGAAGCCGGAGAAGUCGGAGGUGAUGGCUGACUCGGUGCAGGCCACCAACGAGGAGCUGAGGAGCAAACUCAUGGACACCCAGAUUGAACUGCAGCAGGAGCGGGGCAAGCUAUGUAAGCUCCGUGAGCGGCUCCAGGAGCAGCGGCAGGCUCGGGAGCUUGAGCAACACAAACAUGCCGUGGCGCUCACUGACCUGCGCGCCAAACUCCACGAGGAGAAGCUACGCGAGAUAGCGGCCGCCCGUGAGGCCCUGGCGCGGCAGCAUGAGGUCGAACUGGCCCGGGCCAUCAAGAUCCGGGAUGUGGAGGUGCAGAGGCUCCAAGGGCUUGUAAACGCACUGAGAGACGGAGCUGCUGAUAAGCUCAAAAAUGCUCUGCUCGGUGAAGCUCGGGAGGAGGCCAGGAGAGCUUUUGAUGGGGAGAGGUUAAAGCUACAGCAGGAGAUCCAGGAACAGAAGACAGCCAGGAAGCAGGCUGAGGAGGCGCUGGCAAAUGCUCUGCAGGCUGAUAAAGCAAAAGCAGCAGAUCUGCGCACAGCCUACCAACAGCACCAAGAUGAGGUGCAUCGUAUCAAACGGGACUGUGAGAAAGACAUCCGCCGACUGAUGGAUGAGUUGAAGGCGAAGGACCGGGUGGUGUGCGCUCUGGAGAGAGAGCUGGGGGUACAGGCCGGCUACGCCCAGAAGCUUCAGCUCCAGAAGGAAGCCCUGGAUGAGCAGCUGGGCCAGGUACGAGAGGCUGAGAGGCACAACCAUGGCAGCCCCAAGAGAGAGGUGGUGCCAGGGUUAGGAGACAACACAGACCUGCUCAACAACCAGGAGGCGGAGGAGCGCGACACCAGGAGGUUCCAGCUCAAGAUUGCAGAGCUCCACUCGGUCAUCAGGAAACUUGAGGACAGAAAUGCACUGCUGGCCGACGAGAGGAAUGAACUAUUGAAGCGAGUGCGAGAGGCAGAGAGCCAGAUGAAGCCCAUGUUUGAGAAGAAUAAGCGGCUCUCAAAGAAGAAUGACGACCUCUUGCAAACGCUGCAACGCAUGGAGGAGAAACUAAAGAACCUGAGCCGCGAAAAUGCUGAGAUGAAGGAAAAAGCCUCCUCCUCUCGGCCGCCCUCACAGCAACAGUCCAUUCAGACGCAGCUGAAGCGGCCGAGCUCCCUGACAGACCUGAGCCAUGCCCACGAGGAACAGGAGGUGGAGUUCCUCAAGCUGCAGGUUGCUGAGCAACGUGGCAUCAUUGACGAGCUCACGCAGGAACGUGACCGGUUGGUGAUGAGCAAAAAGAACAGGAGGAAACCUCUUAAACUGUCAAAAAGGCAUGUUGUGGAGACAUAUUUUGGAUUUGAUGAGGAGUCCAUAGACUCUGAGACCUCCUCUCUCACCUCCUAUAACACUGACCUCACUGAUCGCACACCUGCCACUCCAGAGGAAGAUUUGGAAGAGAGUGUUUCCCGUGAGGAGUCAGAGCUUCGUUUCCGUCAGCUCACCAGGGAGUACCAGGCUCUUCAGCGGGCCUACGCCCUCCUGCAGGAGCAGACUGGGGGCUCUCUGGAUGCUGAGAGGGAGGCCAGGACACGUGAGCAGCUGCAGUUGGAGCUGAGCAGCUGCCAGGCCAAGAUCGUGGACCUGGAGAAGGCUUUGGCAGAGAGGGGGCAGGAUUCAAAGUGGGUGGAGGAGAAGCAGUACUUGCUCAGGACCAACCAGGAACUUCACGAGAAGAUGUGUGCAUUGCAGCAGGCGGAGUCGCGGCUGCAGGCUGAGGUUCAGGACGCCCGAGACCAGAACGAGCUGCUGGAAUUCAGGGUGCUGGAACUGGAAGAGAGGGAGCGCAGAUCUCCUGCCCUCAAUCUCCACAUGUCUGCGUUCCCUGAGAACAGCAGCAGUGCCCUGCAGAUCUACUGCCACCAAGAGGGAGUCAAGGAUGUAAUCAUUCCUGAGCUGAUGAAGAAACUGGAUAUCCUCGGGGAUAAUGGGAAUCUCAGAAAUGAGGAGCAGGUAGCAGUGAUCCAGGCAGGGACAGUGAUCUCUCUGUGUGAAAAGUGGUUGAAGCAAAUAGACAGCACGGAGGCCGCCCUCACACAGAAGAUGAUCGACCUGGAAAAUGACAAGGAGCUGUUCAGUAAGCAGAAGGGAUUUCUUGAGGAAGAGUUGGACUAUAGGAAGCAGGCCUUGGACCAGGCGUACAUGAGGAUCGAGGAGCUGGAGGCCACGCUGUAUAGCGCUCUGCAGCAGGAGCAGCCGGCAUGCCGAGCGGUGGCCGAGUCGCUGACAGACAGGCAGAGGGAGGAGCUGAGGCUAGCCGUGGACAAGCUGCGGCGUCAGAUUCUCCGGCAGAGCCGGCAGUAUGACAGUCAGAUCUUACAGGAGCGCAUGGAGCUCCUACAGCAGGCCCAGCAGAGAAUUAGAGAGCUGGAGGACAGGAUUGACUUGCAAAAGAGACAAAUAAAGGAAAUAGAGGAAAAGUUUUUGUUCCUCUUUUUGUUUUUCUCUUUAGCAUUUAUUCUUUGGCCUUAAUGAAAGUGACCAUGGACCCACAUCAGGUGUUAAGGUGCUGUGGAGGCAAGAGAGGAUGAAACAAAACCUAAUUGUUUUUUAUGCAUUUGUAGACAGCUCACGAAAAACCCUAUGGCCUUUUUGAUAAAUGUGCACUUUUGCAGAAGACCCUUACCUGGAAUGCAAA